UUCAUUUGUGUUGACAAUUUGGAGUUAUAUACCUCUGGUUUAAAUUGUAACGAAUGUUUAAUUUGAAAACAAAUUUUAUUUUAUUGUUUAUUGUUAUUAAUACUCUCAUUAUUGUGUGUACCACUUAAUUAGACAAGUGAAUAAAUUAAACGAAAAUGCAGGCACGCCGUGUCGCGAAGAACAAAUUAUUAGAGCUACAAACAAUAAUAAGCAGGAUGCCGCUCGAGUUAUGUUGUGUGACAGUCCUCCCUGAGUUUGGGGUGCGUUGGCGGGAGGUCUCCCGCCACGUCCGUAGCUCCAGGCUGCCUAUGACAAGUGCUAGUGUCGCUCGCGUGCUGUGCAGACACGCAUCUAAGUCAUUACCCGAAGAGGAAAUUGAGGACAUAGCAUCAAGGUUACGAUUGAAAUUAGCAGCAACCCAAAGCCGGAUGUGGCACGUGAUAGAGCUGAUGGAGAAAGACCAGGAGGAGUCAGUGUCCAAACAGAUUCACAUGUUACCCAGCAGAGUGACACAAGCACUGAGCAAGUACAGGAAUAAGAAUAUGAGGCCGGAGGUGCAGACAGUGUUACUGGGCGACCUGAUGUACGUAAGCGUACAGUUGCUGUCUGAUACCAAACAGGGCAGCGUACUGUACGUAGCCACUCCGCCCACGGAGCCGGUCGCACUUGUCAGCUCACUCGGCAUGACUACACUGUUAAAAGCAGUCGUUGACGGACUCGGCUACAAUAAAUAUCAAGAUGCAAACCUCUACGGUCGAGACAUACGCUCCCUCCUCCAGAUAUUCGACCGUCGGUACACAGAGAAUGCUGACCACCUCACAGAAAUACCAGAAUACACACCAGUGCCUGUAACAACGCGAUCCGGAAUCGACUACACAUAUAAAACGUACGACAUCCAAUACGUGGACAAUUUACUAGGCCCCGAUCCCCCUUUAUUGACCAAUUUGAAUAUUUCAACAACAAAACAGUUCUUCGAUCCGUUUAUAUUGAAUAAACAGAUAAAUUUAAGAGUGACACUGAAGAGUGAUAAUAUAGCGUCCACUUUCAAAGCGUGGGUCGAGAAAAGCGCUCUAGCGCCGACGUCGGAUUUCUUCAAAAUCUUCCAUCAAAUUAAAUCGAAUAAGGUCACUUAUUGCAAGGAGGAUAGUGAGUGAUUUUUAUCUCUGUCUAUUCACUUCUCUUCUGGAUGACUGGUAAUGAAUGCCAUGCAAUUUUCAUGUAAAAUUUGUCAAUCAUGUUUAAUAUUUUUAUACUUUGUUCCAAUACAUAUUAAUAAAAAUGUAAAUAAAUGAAAAGUUUACAAUGUCUUGAUGUUUAAUAGUUAAUACAAAUUGAGAAUCGAUUGAUUUUAUUUGACAAUCAUGUAGUUUUUUUUAAUGGAAGAAGAGCCAGGUUGACUUAUUUUAGUCGAUUAAUCUAUACUUAUAAUAAAUCUGUAGAAAGGAUAAUUCUGUACAUGAAAUAUAUUUCCAAAAUAACUAUCAGCGGGUGAUUAGUGAUCGAUACUGAUGCCAAGAAUGCAAUCAGUAAAAUUUUUGACUAUGUGUCUGUAUGUUCGUUAUAGAAACAAAGACUUCUUGACGGAUUUUAACGAAACUUGGUACAAUUAUUCUUCAUACUCCUGGGCAGGUUAUAGUAUACUUUUCAUCACGCUACGAUCAAUAGGAGCAGAGCAGUGAAGGGAAAUGUUGGGAAAACGGGAGAAGUUACUCCAUUUUCUAAGCCUCCGUCGCGUGUGCAGCCUUAAUGGUCACUUUUUUAAAUUGUAAAAAUGUCCACCCGUGCGAAGCCGAGACGGGCCGCUAGUUUAUUAAAUAUUUCGAUGUUACUAAUUUCGUUUUAGAGUAUAAAUUAAUUUAAUUAACAAUUUUAACAAGCUCACUUUUCCUAUUGCAUGUGGCUAUAUAAAAACAUGGCCAUGUGGUUCCAGCAUAGAAUAGACCAACCCGUCCUUUCCCGUGGGUGUCGUAAGAGACGACUUUGGGAGGGCGUGGGAUGAGCAGCAACAUCUCUUAAAACAUCUUUAAAGCCUAACUGCUACUGCCAAUCCGCCUAUCAAGCGUUACUACUGCCAGUAGCAUGCAGCAGCAGUUAGAACCCCCUAAAGAUGAGGCUUAGAAUUCAACAGUGGACAUUUGUUGGCUGAUAUGACGGAUGAAUUGAAAAAUUUUACUUCCAGCAGCAGUAUUUCCGAACCGAUACGAUAACAUAACCUUCAAGAAAAGAGCAUAUUCCCUUUUAAAAGGCCGGCAGCACACCUGCAAUGCCGCUGGUGUUGUGGGUGAUCAUGGGCGGCGGUAGUCACUUACCAUCAGGUGAGCCGUAUGCUCGUUUGCCCCCUGUGUUGUAAAAAAAAGAUGACAAAUCAGUUUAUGAGACAUUAACUUAAAAAUUACAUACACUCUUCCAUUGUGUAAAUAUCACCCAGAUAUAGAUUCAAUUAUUAUACUUAACUGCAAACGAGCUGACGGCCCACCUGAUUACCAGAGGGAGACUUUGUAUAAAAGCCGUUUGCUUGGUCACCUCUGUCCCAUUCGUGUUUCUAUAGUGAAGCAGUUGUGUUUGCAUGGCUGUGUUUCGAUUUGAAGUGUGGGACAUGGCAGUGUAUUUACAGGGUACAGAGGAAUAACACUUGGGUCCUCAGGAAUGGCAACGCAUGGGGGGUAUCAUGUGCGAAACAGUAUACUCUGUUAUGUCCACGGUACUCUGCUCAUGUCUAUAGGCGACGGUUACCACUUUCUAUCAGGUGGGCCGUCAGCUUGUUUGCCAUUCUAAGUUGCAUAAAAGAAAUAUGAAUAUGAAUCCAAACUUUCGUAAUUUCUUUUUACGGUAGACUGUAAUAGAUGAUUUUUAUAGUCUCUUAAUGGUUAGAUAUAUUUGUGACUAGCAAAUAUGGCUUUAUUAUAACCUAAUGUAUUUAUUUUAUGUAAACCAAAUGACAUGUUGAAAUAAAACCACAUUUUCAAAUUU